UCUAUUCCGUAGCCAUAAACUCGUUUGUCUCUCAAGAAUCUCUUUACUCCUUCAAUCAACAAUGGAAUUCUGGGGGGCUGAGGUUAAGGCAGGUAAACCACUUAAAUUGAAACCUGAUGACGACGGUCUCAUUCAUGUUACUCGGGCAUGUCUUGGUAAUGGGAAGAAGGGUGAAACUGCUCGCUUGUACAUGAAUGUUGAUGGGAAGAAGCUUGUGAUUGGAACUCUUUCUCAGGGGAUUAUUCCUCAGAUCGGCCUUGAUAUCAUCGUUGAGAAGAAGUUUGAGCUCUCCCACUCCUUGGAGAGAGGAAGUGUCCACUUCAUUGGAUACAAAACACCCGACAUCAAUGUGGAUGACUCUUCUUCUGAUUCAGAAGACUACUCAGAAGAGGAGGAGGAUGUGGAGGUCCCUGCAACUGUCACUGCCAAUGGAAAUGCUGGAGCAGCUGCUUUGAGUGUUGUCAAGGCUGACUUGGAACCUAAGGCCAAGCCUGUUGAAGUGAAGAAGCAUGAAUCAGACGAGGAUGGUGAAGGCUCUGACGAGAAGGGAAUGAGUGUUUGCACUUGUUUUCCUAGUGGAUGGAUGUUGAAGAGGAUGAUUGAGAUGAUGCAUAAGAUGACUCUGGAGAUGAAGAAGAAGUGACACCUUUCCGACUACUCCUUGAUCUAAUAAACAAAACUGUUAUUGAAACUGAAAAACUGUUUGCAGCAGGUUUUGCUCUUUGAUAUUUGACUCUUGUUUGAUGAUAAUGAUAGCAAUGCAGUUAAAAUUAAU